AUGGGAUACGAUGUAACUCGUUUCCGGGGGACUGUCGACAAAGACCUCCUUUGUCCCAUAUGCAAUGGGGUCUUGGAGAAGCCGGUGCAAGCCCCUCACUGCGAGCACGCAUUCUGCGAAGACUGCAUCACCCACUGGUUCUCUCAGCAGCAAACGUGUCCGGUAGACUGCAGCGAGGUGACAGCGGCCCACCUGCGCCCGGCUCCUCGAAUCAUGAGAAAUUUGUUGUCCAAGCUGCAGAUCGCCUGUGACAACGCUGUCUUUGGCUGCAGUGCCGUGGUCCGGCUCGACAACCUCGACGCUCACCUCCGCGACUGCGAGUACAACCCCAAGCGGCCGGUGGCCUGCGAACAGGGCUGCGGCCUGGAGAUGACCCAGGAUGAGCUGCCGAGCCACCACUGCGUCAUGCACCUGAGCUCGACGGUGCAGCAGCAGCAGGGGCGCCUCGCGGAGCUGGAGAGGACCUCGGCCAAACACCGGCGCCAGCUGAUGGAGCACAGGAGCGACCUGCGGCUGCUCAAGGCCUACGUGAGCGCGCUGCGCAGCGACAACCCCCACCUUCAGGUUCUGGAGGAGACCGUCGUGCACAACCAAAUCCUGGAGUGGGUGAGCUCCCUGCAGCCGGCCAGGGUGACCCACUGGGGCGGCAUGAUCUCCACCCCGGACGCUGCGCUCCAGGCGGACAUCCGGAGCUCCCUGGAGGAAAGCGGCUGUCCGGUCCCCAUCAUCCACAAGCUCAUCGAAAACGCCCACGAGCGGAGCUGGCCGCAGGGGCUGGCCACGCUGGAGACCCGGCAGAUGAACCGGCGCUACUACGAGAACUACGUGGCCAAGCGCAUCCCCGACAGGCAGGCCGUGGUGGUGAUGACCUGCGAGAAUCAGCACAUGGGGGACAACAUGGUGAAGGAGCCCGGGCUGAUCAUGAUAUUCGCUCACGGCGUGGAAGAUCUGGAGAUCUGA